AUGUCCGCCGCAAUCAUCGCCAAACAGGUCCUGAGGGUGCCUCUCGCUGCCACCGCCAGACCCGCCUUCACCAGACUCCAGUACUCGACCUCGACUUCUGUCACAGAGACACUGGAGCCCGUUGCCCUCCAGGCUGAGAUCGUCAGCGGAGCCCCUGAGGAGGUCCGUAUGCACCCUUGCCGCAUCUUCAAGCAGUGCAAGACCGCUACUCAGUCUGGAAUCACCAACACUGGAGUCUGGAGACUUGAUUUCGACACUGAACUCCAGGCUGGUCGUUUCGAGAACGAAUUGAUCGGCUGGGCUUCAAGCGCGGAUUACAUGCAGGCCCUUCAGAUGAAGUUCCUCUCCAAGGAGGACGCCAUCGCCUUUGCCGACAAGCAGGGAUGGGAGUUCACCGUUCAGGAGCCCAACCAGAAGAUCUUCAAGAAGAAGAUCUAUGCCGACAACUUCAAGUACUCGCCCAACAAGCUUCGCUUUGUCAAGACCAAGUAA